GAGUGGCGGCGGCCGCGGAGUGCUUGGCAGGCCUGGCCGCGGCGAGGAACGCCCCGAGCGCGCGCCCGGCGGGUAGCGGCCUGACGACCCGCGCCGCCACCACUGCCGCCACGUGCGGGGGCGGGAGGGCGGAGCGCAGGGAGUCGCGGCGGUUGUGCGGCGGCGGGAGAUGCGGGAGGCUGCGGACACCGGGCGGGUUCGGCUCGGCGGCCGCCGCCGCCUUCUCCGGCUCCGCCGCGGGGGUCGCAGCGGCUGCCGCGCCGUCCUCGAGCUCCCAGCGUGAGGAGUUGUUGGCGGAGGGGAGCUUUGCAUUCGAGACCGAGAGCGAGAGGGAGCCCCGCGCGUGGCCUGCCUAUUGCUAUGGACAGUGCCAUCACCCUGUGGCAGUUCCUUCUUCAGCUCCUGCAGGAGCCUCAGAAUGAGCACAUGAUUUGCUGGACCUCUAACAAUGGGGAGUUCAAGCUUUUGCAGGCAGAAGAGGUGGCUCGUCUCUGGGGAAUUCGCAAGAACAAGCCUAAUAUGAAUUAUGACAAACUCAGCCGAGCCCUCAGAUACUAUUAUGUAAAGAAUAUCAUUAAAAAAGUGAAUGGUCAGAAGUUUGUGUACAAGUUUGUCUCUUACCCAGAGAUUUUGAAAAUGGAUCCAAUGACAGUGGGUAGGAUCGAGGGAGACUAUGAAACCUUAAACUCCAGUGAAAUCAGCAGCAGUUCCAAAGAUGUGGAGAAUGGGGGCAAAGAGAAACCACUUCAGCCUGGUGCCAAGACCUCUAGCCGCAAUGACUACAUACACUCUGGCUUAUAUUCUUCGUUUACUCUCAACUCUUUGAACACCUCCAAUAAGAAGCUUUUCAAGUCAAUAAAGAUGGAGAAUCCAGCUGAGAAACUGGCAGAGAAAAAAUCUCCUCAGGAGCCAACGCCAUCUGUCAUCAAAUUUGUGACAACACCUUCCAAGAAACCUUCCGUUGAACCUGUUGCUGUCACUAUUUCAUCUGGCUCAAGUAUUUCUCCAUCUUCUGAAGAAACUAUCCAAGCAUUGGAGACAUUGGUUUCCCCUAAACUGCCUUCCCUGGAGUCUCCAACUUCUGCAUCCAGCGUAGCUACCAUUUUUACCCCCACACCUCCUGUUCCGUCCAUUCCCCCGUCUUUGAAGGAGCUUCCUAGGACACCUUCCCCACCGCUGGGCUCCAACCCAGACAUCGACACAGACAUUGAUUCAGUGGCUUCUCAACCAAUGGAACUUCCAGAGAAUUUGUCACUGGAGCCUAAAAAUGAAGAUUCAGCUUUUCCAGAAAAGGACAAAACAAACAAUUCAUCAAGAUCCAAGAAACCUAAAGGAUUAGAACUGGCACCUACACUUGUGAUCACAGGCAGUGACCCAAGCCCACUGGGGAUAUUAAGCCCAUCUCUCCCUACAGCUUCUCUUACACCAGCACUUUUUUCACAGACACCCAUCUUAUUGACUCCAAGCCCCUUGCUCUCCAGCAUCCACUUUUGGAGUACUCUCAGCCCUGUGGCUCCCCUGAGUCCAGCCAGACUGCAAGGUGCUAACACACUUUUCCAGUUUCCUUCUGUACUGAACAGUCAUGGGCCAUUUACUCUCUCUGGCCUGGAUGGACCUUCUACUCCUGGCCCAUUUUCCCCAGACCUGCAGAAGACAUAACCUAUGUACUUGUGGAGUGAGAGAACCAAGGAACAAAGAAAUAGACACUCAACGUGAUUGCAUUGGAAGUGAGAGAGAGUUCUACAAUGCUGAUAUUAUACAAUUGUGAUUUUUGUCAUUUCCCACUGAAAUACCUUUUUAGGAUUCCCUUUAAAUAGGACUCAAGUUGGACUGUAUGUAAAAAUGCCUUAAUUGGGGUCAAACUCCACCUCCCUCUCUUGUCUUUUUUCCUUUUAUAUUUUGUGCUAAAGUAAUUUUUGGUAGAGUUUAGCAGCAGUGUUUUGCAAGAAUGGUUAAGAACAAAAUUAACUCCUCCUGGCUAUUGAAACCCAUUGACCAGGGAAAAAAAUUAAAGAAAUAUUAGUUAAAUGAAAUUGGCCUUAUCUUUAGGACUAAGCAUGCUCUGUUAAGUGACUAAAUGUGAGUUGUUUAUAAGCAGUGGGAGAAAAAGAACCAUUCCUCUUCAUACACGGUAAGAUUAGAGCAGUACUACUGAGGAGAUUUUGUUCUGCUGCGAACUGCAACAUGUAUGAGCAGCUCCACAGAAAGGCAUCUUGUUUCCGUUUAUUCUGGGUGGGUCUUUUAGCCACAUGCGUGAUCUUGUCUGAACCUAUCGACAGGGCUUGGAGCUAGUCUGUUUCAACAUAAGGUAUUCAACUUGUGGUGUAAGAUGGUUUUUGGAAAGUUCACUGAGACCAUGUGACCCUCACCCCAAUCUAGCACAGUAACGAGUGCUUUCUGAACAGUAUGACUCCAGGUCCAUGGAAUACAGUGUGGCACUUGAUGAUGUCUCAGAGCGUGAACUUGGGUUUUGACAGUUGGAAGCUUCUCUAAAUAAAAGAUUUGGGGCUGGGGAGAUAGCUCAGUUGGUAGAGUGCUCACCUCACAAGCACAAGGCCCUGGGUUCAAUUCCCGGCACCGCAAAAAAAUUAAAAAUUAAAAAUUAAAAAAAAUAAAUAAAAGAUUUGAUUACCUUAAACAACACAUGGGGCUUUUCCCAGUUAGAAGAUAGCCAGGGCAAAAGAAUCUUGCUCCUUCCUGUGCAUUUUAUUCCUUUUCCUGCUGUAUAUUUAGCAUCUUUCCUUUUAAAUCAAAGGUUGAUAGGGGUUGUGACAGUGUUAAGAUGUAAUUAGGAAGGUCAUAUGGAAAGAGAAGGCUUCUAAUCCGUAGUGAGAUGUGCUUGUUUCUUUCAGUUUUUCUCCUUUUUUUUUUUUAAAUUAGGAAAGAAUGAAUUUCAUAUGGCAGUGCUCAUGCACAGUGAUUGAAUUGUUUAUAUUAGUAGUAAAAGAUGUAGGCCUUCAUCUCUAUAUUACCCGAUUUAUAAAAUAUUACCAUAAGUAAGUCAAUGUCAGGUACAGACAGAUAGCUUGAUCCCUAUACUGAGCUAUACCAAUAUCACAGUGGAAUCUUUUGAAAAGUUUGCUUAAAAGUCCAGGACUAAAUUAAUAUGCUUCUACCACCACUGUGCCCAUUAAGCUAAUCUCUUAACCCUAUAGUUGAAUCAUGUGAACUAAGUGGAAUGAGAGAGUAAGGACUUCAGGGCUCAACCUGACACUGAUACAAACCGGCAUCUUCCAGAUGCACUUUUUUUGCUUUAUAUACAGUGUAGAAAAGCUCCUGUGUAACAUCUAUGUCAUUUCAUUUGCAGUGGAAGGAAAGUACUCAGUGAGCUGCCUUUAGAUGUGUGGUUUUGGGACCUGUUAUUAGUUCAUUGGAGGUUAUUGGCUGAACGUUCUCUUCCUGAGAUGUGCAAUAGUAGGUUGAAAGGUAGUGGUGAUGGGAAUAGACAUAUUGGACUUUCUUCCCUUAUUGAAUUAUUUAACUUUCAUACCUGUUUGAAAUUAGAUCCCUUAGCAGUUCUUUGGAAUAGUUUUAUUAGGAUAACAUUUUUAUAUAGUAAAUAAAUAUUGAUGGUUGAUUUAAGUAGAUAUUUUAAAUUCUGAAAGCACAAAGGUAUUUUAUAUUUGAAAUAAAGGAGAAAAGCCAUUGGUUUGUUUUCAUAGACGAUAUAUUUGAUAAUUUUCUGUCUCCACAUAGAAGUACCUUAGAACAAGGGUACCAUUAAACUCAAAGCAUUUCCCUAGGAAGCAGUUUUAAUGUCAAGUCCCCUUUGCUUAAGCCUGUCACCACUGAAGCCUCCAAGAAGUGUGAGGCCUUAGGAGGUAUAUGGUGAUCUACUUUCUCUUUGAGAUAACUAACUUGGGGAAGUGGGUACAUUCAUGAGAGAGAAUGUGUGUAUGUAUGUGCAUGCUUUUUUAAGUCGAAGUUUACAACCUUAGCAAAUGUGUGAGGCAAAUAAUUCUAUUUGAGACUAUUCCCUCUGGGAAAAGUCUUAGCUUUAUUUUCUUUUAAAAAUCUAUGAAUAAUUCUCAGCAUCAAAGGCGUACCACUUAAGAUCAGUAUUCACUGGGGAGACUCAUGUUUCGUGGCUGACGCUGCUAUCUCAGCAGUCAUUUGUUAGGAUGAUUGCUGGUGGGCAGCAGUGUUCUAAGCUAAAGGAGAUGAGCAGACUGCCAGGGCCAUGGGAUAUCCUCUGUGAUCACUUUUUUCCUGCUCUGGCCCCUAGUCACAUGCUGGAAAAUGUAACAAUCAGAGUCUCUGAGGUGGUGGGGAAACCCCUGAAUUUGUGGAAUUUACCAAUUUUCUUAAUGUACAUUACUCCCUCUGUGACUGAUUUCAAGCCACCACCUUGGAGUUGAGAAGGGAUGUUCAUAGUUGACUCAGAGGCAGUGCCAAGAAACCACUGGGUGGAUUUUCACACAAGUUAUAAAAUAAUUUUUUAAAAAUACAAAAUUAAAAUCUCAUGUCUUGGGUGAGGGAAACAGCUCCAUUAGUAGAGUGCUUGCCUCACAAGCACAAGGCCCUGGGUUCAAUCCCCAGCACCGCAAAAAAAAGAAAAGAAAAAAUCUCAUGUCUUGACUUCAGUAAGUUUUUUCCUCUGAUACUGUGCAUUGAACCCAAGGGGGCUGGCUCUAUCUCCGAGCUGCAUCCCCAGCCCUUUUUUAUUUUUUAUUUUGAGACAAGAUCUUGUUAAGUUGCCCACUGGCCUCAAACUUAUGAUCCUCCUGUCUCAGCCUCCCCAGUUGCUGGGAUAACAGGUAUGCACCACUGUGCUCAGUUUAAAUUUUUUUUUUUCCUCUAACAAUUCAUCACAGUGCUUUUGUGAUAUUAUCUUUCUCAUGGAAUAGUUUGUAUGUUUGAACAAAGGGAGAACCUUGUUUUUUAAAAAAAGUUUAUACAUAAUUGAAGAGUCUAAAGAUCCCCCAAAGGUCAACCAUAAGCUUCUUAUUUUUAAAAUAUAGGUUAAUUUUUUCCCCCACAUUUUGGCAGUUAAAAUCUAGGUAUAAUUUUUUUUUUCUUCAAAUUUUGGUAUGGAGUCAAAUGCAGUAGCACAUGCCUGUCAUCACAAAAACUGAAGAGGAUCAUGAGUUCAAAGCCGGUCUUAGCAACUUAAAGGGCUGGGGAUGUGGCUCAGUGGUUAGGCGCCUCUGGAUUCAAUCCCUAGUAUCAAAAAAAGGUAACUUUAUGUUUCUAGCAAUUCAAGAAACUUUAGAGACGCUCAGUAGUAUUUCAGAAAAGUGGUCUCUGGCUCCCCCGCCCCUUUUUUUUUCUUUUUGAUACUGGGGAUCGAACCCAGGGGCACUCUACCGUUGAACUACAUCCUCAGUCCUUUUUUUUAUUUUAAGACAGGGUCUCAUUAAGUUGCUGAGGCUGGCCUUUAAACUUGACAGUUGUCCUGCCUCAGCCUCCUGACUACACACUGGGAUUACAAAUGUGUGCCACCUUGCCCCAGCAGUCUCUAAUCUUUUUUAACACGCACCUGAUUAGUAAGUUUCUGAAAACAGCCUUUCCCUAUGAAGAAUUCACAUGUGUUUAUGUUGUUAUAUACCACUAUGCUAAAGUAACGUGUGCUAUAAAGCAUACAUAAAACUAGAGAAUCUUAGAAGAGACUUGCAAGUUUUCAGGAGGGCUUGUCAUAAACCUUGAAAUUCACAUUAAUUUUUUUCAUAGUUGCCAAAUAAGAACCCACUACCAAAUAUUUUCCAGAGCUUCAUGCAUAUUAUUUCUGACAGCUUAUUAUCUUUCAUCCUUUGUAUUAGGUGUGUUUAAAAACUUCUUUUGUUCAUCUUUUAUUUUACUAACAUUCAGAUUUCUUUCAGGUUGCUUUAUGCUAAAAUAUAUAACAAUUUCCACUUUCUUGCUCUAUUAACAAAUUGUUUUUGUGUUUGUGUGAGACAUAUCAGCAUCUGAAGGAAUCUGAAGGAAUUCUUUUCUUGAAGGGUCUAUUCUGCAUAUCACUUUAUUUAGUACAUAUGUUUACCCAUGCCAGAAAUCUAGAAUUGUGCUGAAGUGCCCUUCUUAGGUAUAGAAACAAUUGUAGAGAUAAUGCAGGUUGAUGGACAGAACCCUGGGACUCUGAAUGAAUUAUCAAACUCAACAGAAAAGUUGGAGUAUUUUUGAAUGUAGCCUAUUAUCCGAGGGUGUGAUAGGAUAUAGUAUUUCUGAAGUGGAAUCAAGCAGGAAAAUGUUCAGGCUACAGUGUGUGAAUGAAGUGAAGGUCAGCCAUUAUUGUCUUUCUUCAGCAGGUGCUCUGACCAAAGAAGCAUUCUGUAGAAAGUAUUUUAAUUAUUUUCUUGGUCUGGAGUCAACAAGUAAAUGUUUUGUUUUUGUCACCAGUGCUGGUAUUGCCUGAAACAAGGUGCCCUGUUUUAACAUCAUCAGAACUGUCCUUAUUGAAGGCAAAAGUUUUAAUCUUAGAGUCUAGAAUUCUUGAGCUGGGGCGGGGUGAAUUGAGCAAGAACAAGAGAUGAUUGAUUUCACUUCUCAUUCUUGGUAGAGUGUGUCACUAUCAAAGUUGUGUUUUGACUGUAAACACAGCAGACCUAAAAGGUGAAUUGGUGGUAGUAUAAGUUGCUCUCCAGUGCUCCAUCUGAAACUGUCAGGGUCUUCAAGCUGCUUUUCUGAAACAAGAGACCUACAUAGCCUGCCAAAAAGCAGCCAUUUCGAGAAUGCUGCCAUUCAUACUUAGCCAUUGUGAAAAGUGGAAACCCAGAGAGGUUUGUGUGAGAGGGGAAAUGUUGACUUUAAACUUCCUACAGAAACCAGGAAAGUCAAGCUGUUGUUGCCGUUAUUUUAUUUUAUGUUGAAGUGCUAGGGAUUGCGUAGGGCCUUGUACCAUGGAGCUACACCCCCAGCCCCACAUCAUUUUAAAUGAAACCUCUUACAAGGACAUUCAUGAGGGAUACAAACAUAGUAAGUCUCCUGAAUGCUAAACUUUUACAUGUAAUACACAUCAGGGAGUUUUAUGAGGUUUAAAACUUUACUUUGAAAUACUUAAUUGGGAGACUAGAAUAUUUCUAAGUCAUUCUGAUUUAUUGGCCAAGUACAUGUAUGUGUAUGUAUAUACUGAUGUAUGGACUGAGUGUGUGUGUGUGUAUAAAUCUGUUUUUCACAGGGAUCACAUUAUUCUCUAGACAAAGAUGGCUCCUGAUUUAUUUUAUACUAAAACUAAAAAAAAAAAAAAAAAAAAAACAAACAAACAAAAAAAAAAACUUGCUGCACUUUGCAGUUGCCACUUUUUAAAGAUUAAUGCCUUGCACAUUUCAGUUUUUAAAUACAUAGAAUCAUAGGCCUUAAAGACUAAUUGCUUGACAUUUUAGAAAUACAGCACUGAAAUAUAACGUACUCGAAACAAGUCUAUCUUAAACUGUUCUCUUAUGUUCAUAUAUUAUUGAGCAAAUAAGGAUGUUUUGAAAUUUCUACAUUUAUAUUUGCUUUUGUGUAAAAUCUUUAUUUGGCUGGGCUGUUAAGUUUCUCAAAAAGGAGAUUUAUACUAGAAGUACUAUGUCUACAAUACAGAGAAUUCAACCAUGAAUUGAUAUAAAAAGUAGAGGAAUUCUGGCUUUGUGGCUUAAUUUACUCUUUUAAACUGUACAUAAACAGCAUUAGCAGAACUGCAAAGGAGGGCUUCUGGGUUGAAUGGUCUUGGCUUUGCCUUGUUCCCAUCUCACAAAGGCCCACUCUGGUUCUCCUCUCUUCCAAGGAUUAUGAGCCAUGCUCACACAGGCCUGGGAUCUUCUGGAUGGGGGUGGAGUGGGGUGCCCUGGGGCUGGCCCAGAGUUCUAGCCAAUAGAACCAUUCAGGUCUGCCUGGCAUUCGAGGUGGGAAUGCCAUAUACUGUAUUAAAUCACUUGGCACUUUCUUGGGCACCAUUAUUAGCACUGUUUUGUUUUUAAUAACUGGAAGCACUUAAUGAUUAUUUUGUUUAAUUUCAGCUUAGGAUAUUAAGGGUCAUUUAUUAAGGUUUUAUUUCUCAUUUUUGGCGGGGGAACUUAAGAGUGUUUGGGGAAGGGAUAAGUGAAUACCUGGUGAGCCAUUCUUCUCCGUUGUGUAAGGCAUGCUCUUUGGGCUAGGAUGUUUGAAAGUAAUUUGUAAGUUUAUCAUGUACUCUGUAGAAAUUUACAAUUUAAAAAGAUUUGGCAAUUGAUAGAUUAUACUUAAAUUUGAAAAAAUCCAAUUAUAAGGUUUUUUUCCUGCCUGCCCCCCAUGUUCAGUCAUUUUCUUGUCUGUCAUAUGGAGGACACAGUCCCUUCUAAGACAUUUCAUUUCUUUUUUUUGUUUGUAUUUUGGGGCAGUAUUACCAGUGGCCUUUGUAUGUACGUUCAUUGCUUGCAUUAAUUGUUUAUGUGAUAGAGAAACAUUUUAUAAACUUCCCUGUUCAGUAUUAGUGAAAUUAACUAAGAUGCAUCUAUGUAAAGAUAAAAAAAAAAUUAAUACAAGUAACUUUUGAUUAUUGGGGGCCUAUUUAUUCUGUUUGACCGCUAGUCUUUUCUAAUCAGAAUCAUAUUUCUUCACUUUGCCUUCUAACAGUUUCAUUUAUCUUUGUGGGUAGGGAUGAUUUAAAUAUGAAUUUCAGUCCAUUCUUUUUGCUACUGGAUAGCUUUGAAGGCAAAUAAAAUUUUGAUCAAAAUUAGUUUCUUAGAAUUAUGCCCUUUAUUCACCAGAUAAUCAGAUUGGCUUAAGAAAAGAAGUAUGUAUAACUUUGCUUUUCUUUUGUGCCUGGGUCUGGCUCUGUUGCCCAGGCUGGCCUUGAACUCUUAAGCUCAAUCAGUCCUCCUGCCUCAGCCCCGUGAGUAGCUGGAACUACAGGCACUCAGCACUAUACCUGGCUUAACUUUGCAUUUUGAAGAACAAACUAAUAAUUUUCCAUGGGUCCUACUGGAUCUUUAAAAAAAAAAAAGAAAGAAAGAAAAAAAUAUGCAAGAGACUAAGGAUCAAUGGGAGUUAACCCUAGGUUAGAUUCUUCUAAAUUUCAUAUUCUAGGUGGUUUAGAGUUGAAUCUGGUUUGUAGACCAUAAAAUAUGGCCAUCAUUUAAAAAUUAAAUGAUGUUAGGGUCGAGGACUGUAGCUCAGUGGCCGAGCGCUUGCCCUUGCCUAGCACUCGUGAGGCGUUGGGUUCUAUCCUUAGCACCACAGAAAAAUAAGCAAAUAAAAUAAAGGCAUUCUGUCCAUCUACACCUAAAAAUUUUUUUUUUAAUUAAAUGAUGUUAAAUAACAAACUUUCUUAGAUGUAGUGCAAGUGCACAACUACCCAGAUUGAAUAAUUUAAGGUAUUGUUACUAACUUAUGUUAAUUAAUUUCAGUUUAACUUACAUUAGGGAGACCUUCAGAGUAUUAAAAUCACCUUUUUUUCUUCCUAAAAAAAAAAAAAAGCAGUUAAAGUGGUAACUGCUAGUGGUUAUGAAAAUUUAUAUUAA